GAUAACGGGUGUCUUUUUUUUUUUUGCUGUGUAGUAUCUGGGACGAGAUAUAUCAGAGACAAGAUCAGUGAUUCAGUGAACGUGGUACAGACAAGCAACAUUCCAGCCCGUAGUACUUUAUGUGCUUACGACUUAGCCAAAAGAAACAUUCACCUCGGGUGUACACACUGGAGGUUCACAGCUGAUGAGAUGUUGGGGGAAGGGAAAAUAAAACAGUGAUGCCAUAAACUUGCAUCACUACAAACAGCAACCAACAGUGACAUCAGACAACAAUAAGGUGUCGAAAGUUGGGUAUUGAUUUUAAAAUAUAAAUAACAAAAAAGAGGAAGAGGACACCACAACCAGCAGACCCAAGCACUCCACAGGUAACUUCCCCAGCUUUAUCUCCUCCACACCACCACUUCCGCCACAACCAUGGGGAUCAUCUCUCGCUGCUUCUGUGACCCCUACAAGCUGACUUAUGUAUCUGCCAUUGUCACCAGUGUGGAGGCCGCGCUGUUCGGCGUGCUCAACAUCGUGCUCAUCUGCAUGUACAAGUGUAGCAUCGAGAUGCCCUCGGAGGUGGCGCUUGGCUUUGACAAAUUCUGGGCUUACUACUUUUUUGACCAGGAGAACUGCGAUAACAAGGGCGUGGACACCCCGUCGUGGGCAAACUGCAGUUUCACACUCACGCCGGAGGAGAGGUCCUUUACCACCCCUUAUGACAACUUCCUCUACCAAUGCAUCUACCUCGGUCUUCACUGUGGCUGGAUUCUCACUGGCAUUAUUCUUAUAUACGGUAACGCCAGGAAGAGAUGGGGUUACUACCUCCCAUGGCUGCUGGUGACUACGACAAUUCUGGUGAUGGAUAUUACUAUCUCGGCCUUCUGUAUCCAGGAUCUGGUGACAGUGGACGCAGAACGCUACCAUAGUGCCAUGUUCUGGAUCCUGGUGCUGUACUUCCGUGUGUUCUUCAUCUGGUUCAUCAACAUGUCCCAGUACGCUAGCGCCUGCAAUGCCUUCUGCAAGUCCCGCCACAAGAGGGUCAAGCAGGAGCACACCAGAAAUAAAAUGGCAAAAGCUCACGCUCAGGAGAUAGCACGGGCGGAGGCAGCGACGGAGGCCAGGGUGCGUGCGCAGAUGACGGAGCAGGCAUUGCAGGAGGGUCAACGUGCGGCCCAGGAGCAGCAGCCCAGGCGCAAGAUACCGCCGCCAGUACCCAAGAAACCCGCGGCGCCGCCAGAGCUACGCCCCUUCAGCUACCUCAACCCCUCCUACCGCCCCAACGACCCAACAGACGUGGAGGGCAUGAGAGCCAACCCCACCGUGGCCCCGGGCAUCCCUACAAAGUCUCUGAACGUGCAGCAGCUGGCCGGCCCUUACUUCCCUGACGACGGGUACAGCAGAGGCAAGCACCCUGAGGGACUCCAGAGACGCUACGAUUCGAUGAGGAACUACAGGACGCAGGAACCCCACCCAGCCCUCCGUCGGUUCUCCUCCACCCGCGGCCACCCGAGCUACCCCCAAGCCACGCCCUAUGUCCCCGCCCCAGAUUAUGACAUGACGAUGACGCCACGACGGUCCAGCAAUCAAAAUCACAUGACGCCUGUCAGCAUGUCCCCAAGACCCUCCACCAGCCACCCCCACUACGCCGAGGAUAUGCCGCCGCCCGCCUACCUCCGCCCACGCCACCACGGCGCCCAAGAGCCUCUGCCGCAGCUACAUGAAGACCCCAGUAUACAGAAGACCCUUUAUUACGUAUAGCUUGGGAAGACAUUUAACUUCCCAUAAGUGUGUGUCUUGUUAGAAGUUAGAGCAAGUAUGGUAGGCCUACCUAAGGUAAGCUAACCUAACCUAAUCUAAUCUAAUCUAUCACAAUUUUUCUUAAAUACCUAACAUAAAACUAAUCUUUUACCUUUUUCACCCAUCUAACAUGAUCUAAUCCACUAUCACUAUUUUUCACAUCUCUUUAACAUAACCUAAUUUCCUAUGACAAUUUUUUUUCUUACGCACCUAACCAAACCUAAGCAACAGUAUCUUUCUUAGCCUAUAGACACUCCAAUAGAAACGUUAUGUCAAUAGCUUCCAUACACAAUACAUUCUUACUAUUUCAUCAUGCAAAGCUUUCAGUAAACCCAUGCUAGUAACGUUCAACAUAAUAACUACAGCAUUACGAUGAUACAAGUGUACGAUUUACUAUAUUCCUCGCCUUACUGUAAGUUAUUAUAGCUCAUCACUAACAGUUAUGGAUGAACAAGAUAGCCGAUAUAAACAUGUUCUUCCUUUGUGUUCCUUUGUGUCCUUACAUGUCGACAAAUGGUGAUGCCUCGAUUCUAACACGUAUUUGAUUGUUUACAUCACAUCACGUCAGCAACACGCAAUGGACUUCCUAUUGUGGCAUGAAGGAGCGAGACUUUCGGGGUGUUUGAGCUGCGUGUGUAAUGAGGAGCUGCGAUACUGUGAGGGGGUGACACGUGUUCUUUAUGUUCAUUGUUGGUGAAGAGAGGCGAGCAGGAACAAAAUUUAUCUGUACAGGUGUGUGUGUGUGUGUGUGUGUGUGUGUGUUAUAGAUGUAAUAUAGCUCCUAAGAUCACUGUUAUCUAAUCCAAUGAAUUAAUUAGAGCAUAACAUUUAUAUAAUAGGUUUCCCAUAGUCGAACAAAGAAUAUAUCACACGUCUUUCAUUACAAUAAGAAAAACAAGAUGUAUGUAUUUGUCACAGGUGAAAAUCAUCAAAUAACCUCAUUAACUCCCAUAUAUUCCCUGAAUUACCUUAGGCUUCUAUUCUUUACCUGUCCAGUAAGUAGUAUCUGCAGUUUUAGAUUAAGCAAUCCAUAUCUCUGAUUUUCACGUGUAUAAUAAUUUUCAUGUGUAUUUGAAGAGGUGAAAUAAACUUAAUAAUUCGA